AUGCCGCCGAUGCUCGACAAAGACCUGCUGCGCGAGCGGAUCGACGCCGCGGUGGCGGCAAACUCGUCCGCAGAUACCUUUAUGGCCGAGGUCGAGCGGCUGCAACGGCUGUAUCGUGCGCAGCGGAGGGAGACCUCGAUUUUCUCGCAAGCGCAGAUGGACGACAUGUUCUCGUCGCUUGCUGCACUCGCGCUGCGUGGCCUCGACGCACUCCGCCGCGAGUGCGGCCGGCUCAAGCAGGACGUGACCGAUCUGGCCGCUGAGGCCGCCUCGGGCGUCGAGCGUUGCACCACGGCGUUGCAAUCGAUGGUACUGGCAGCACAGGAUCACCAGCUGGAGUCGCAAACGUCAGCCGCCUCGCUGCAUGCCAUCUCGGACGAGCUGAUGGUGGUCAAGACCCAACGCGACCAUGCCCGCCAGGAGCGUGAUGAGUACAAACGCAAGCUGACCAAGGCUCAGAGCGAUCUCCGCGCUGUCGAGACCCAUCAUUCCAAAGCUAUGGACAAUGUUCAUGCCUCUCACGCCACCGCCAUGCGUGCGACUCUGGAAAAGCUGCGCAAGCUCAAUGAGAGCCGCGUCGAGGACACCCGCUCGCUCACCGCUCAACUCGAGUCGGCGUCGACCGAGAAACAGGCGCUCACUGCCCGCAUCGCCGCCAUUCAGCGCAGCGCCGACGCACGUGUUGCACAGAGUAUGGCCGACGCUGAAGCCUCCGCCCUCGCCGCCCGAGACGCCGAGCUCGCCACCGUUCGUGCCUCGGCUGCUGCGCUUGCUGACAAGGUCCGCGCGCUCGAGGCCGCCGCAGUCUCGUCACCGGCCAUCCAUCGCGAGCUUGUCUACGCCCGCCAAAGCAACGCCUCUCUUCGCGAGUCGCAAAAAGAUCUCGCCGCAAAGAUGUUGGACACCAUGAGUCAGCUCGAGGCUGCCGAGCUCCGGAUCGCUGACCUCGAAGCGGGCAUCGCCAACGCGCGCCCGCUCACCUACAUCUGCUCCUGCUGCCAUCACCGCAACAUCCGCCCGCAAGCAAACGCGUCAGCGCUCUAAUCACGUCCUGUGCGCUGCAUUUACGAGCUGCUGCCGUCGCCUGCUGCAUGUGCCAGCCGCUGCAUCCCGCCUAUCUCCCGGAGCCGGGCCAGAAACGGCGGGUGUUUGGCUGCGAGCGCAGCGGCAAUGGCCGCGUUCUUGCGCAGCUGUGACCGAGUCGACUCG